AAUCAGCAGGAUUUCCAAAACAUUUGAAAUCAGAUACUGCGGAUACUUCAGUUCAGUUUAUUAUGAAGCCAUGGCGUCAGGCGGCUCUUCUGAAGUUUUGCUCAACGUUCUGAACACAGAAGAGUACAAUUUGAUUCCUGAAGAUGUGCGUUCGAAACUCACCACUCAUUUUGAGGAAAAACUGGAAGAAUUUCUUACAUCGAAAGCACUCUUUGAGUCAUCCCGGACUAACCAUGAAGAGAAAACGCAAACACUUGGCAAAGAGUUGCAGGAGUGUCAAAUAGAAUUAGAAAACACCAAAACUAGUUUAUACAAUACUGAUUCUGAACUCAAGAUCUUCCAAGCAAAAGUGGAAGAAGUAAAAGCAGAACUAUCAACUUUACAAGAAACAGUUAAAAACUAUGAGUCCGAAAACAAUGAUUUGCGGAGACAAAGAAAUGAGGCAGUUGAUGAGAGGGACACACUCACCCGAAUGGUUGAAAGACGGGACAUGGAAUUGGAGAGACUUCAGAAAGAUAUCAAGAUCCUCUCUGCUGAGCUGUCAGCUGCUAUUAACUCUAAAUGUGAGGCUGUUGCCAAUGCUGAGGAAGUGGAGAGUAAACGCAUAGCCCUCGAUUUCAGAGAAAAGAGCUUUGAACAAGAACGUGAGUUCAUGAAAAAGAAAAUUGCUUCUUUAACUGCAGAUCUCAACGAAAUAAAUGGAGAAUUAUCAAUUUUACGCCGCAAUCAGGCUGCUGCUGAUGUGUCAUUCCAAAGUCAGCUUGAAUCAAAGACUGAAGAGCUUCGUAUUUUAAUGGAGAAGGACAAGCAACUGACUGAAGCUAACAGUAAGCUCGUUGAAAGAAUUGAAGCUCUUGGGGCCAAACUCAUGGCUCAGAGAGAUAGUGAAGCUACCAUGGCUGACAACUACCAACAAGAACUCCAAGCCAAAGCCAAGCUUGCUGACUUAUACAAACGUAUGAUGGAAGACGCUAAUUCUAAGAGCCAAGAACUGACAGAUGCUAUUCGUAGCCUUCAGCGAUUGCUUGAAGAUUCCAACAAACAGUAUUCAGAUCUGAAAGCAGAGUUUGAGGAAAAGGAACAGAAAGUUAAUGAGACUCUAGACAAAAAAAAUAAAUGCAUUGCUGCUCUUAAAGAGGAACUGAAAAAUGCCAAUGAACUUAUCAAAGUGACUAAACAAGAUACAAUGGAGAAGGCCAUUGAGGGCAUGUCACCUGCUGCUGCUGCUGCUAGUAAACUUAUUAAAUCAGGCCUCUCACUCACUCAGAUUUACACUCAAUAUGUUGCUGUGUAUGAAGAACUGACUUUGCAGAGAGAGGAGAACCGCAAGGCUAAUCUCUACAUAAGCACUAUUGUGCAAGAAUUGGAAGAAAAGGCUCCUAUACUGAAGAAACAGAGGGAAAACUAUGAAAAUGCUGUUGAGAGUAUUGCAUCUCUUUGUAAGCAGAAUGACCAGCUAGUUGAAGAAAGUAGAGUCUUGAGGGAAGAAGCCCGGGAGGCUAAGAAACUGUCUGGUCACCAUGCACGAGAGAAUGAACGCAUGAGGAAGGAGAUUUCUGACCUAUCCCGGCAGGUGUGCUACUUGGUGAAAACAGUGGAGGAAGCUAGGGGUGGUGUGAUUUCUCUUGAUGAUGCCAAUUCUUCAUUCAAUGGCUCCUUUGGCGCCAGUGAUGUAAUUUCCAAGAAACUGGUUACAUUCCGUGAUAUUGAAGACUUGCAAGAUAACAACAAGAAGCUGUUGGCCUUGGUUCGUGAGCUGAGUAGUAAACAUGAGGAAAUGGAAACAAAUCAACCUCAAAUGGAUGUCUCCUCUCUUCAAGACCGCAUUAACAGUCUAAAAUCUGAACUGACAGCUACACGAGACAACCUUAAUCAGCAAUCUGCUAUGGUUGAUCAAAUAGUUCGCCAGAGAGAUCUUUACAAGGAAAUGUAUCAGAAAUCUGUUAAAGGAGAAUCCACUGAACAAGUUCCUCUUCAAAGACCAGAUUCAAUACGCCAUCCCUCACCUGCUAAACCUGCUCAUACUGGUGUUGACCCAAGUGUUUUGGCAUCCAAAGAAAAAGCACUUGAAGAAACUGCCAAACGUCUUUCUGUCACUGAGAAGCAGUUGCAUGAAUUACGCACAGAGUAUGAAGAAUACCGCAAAGAGAGACGUACUAAUGAGGAUAUGCUCAAUGAUCAAAUAGACAACAUGAUGAGUAAAGUGAGAGAUCUUACCACUGAAAAUUGUAAGCUCACCACUCAGGCAGAAUUCCAGGCUGAAAGAUUCAAAGCUCUCUUAGCAAAUGUCUCAGGCCAGAAAGCUCAAAUUACUGCGCUAGAAACCAAGUGCAAAACUUACAGUGAAACAAUAGCCAAGCAUGAAAUGUCUCUGAAGUCGUUGAUGCAGGAGUCAUUGAGUGCUCAGGCUAAGCUUUCUCGGGCGGAAGUUGAACUGAGCAAUUUGAGAGAAGAAUGUUCCCUUUUAAAAGACUCUGAAGGAAGACUUCGGCGAGAGAAAGAGGCUCGAGCCCGUGAGGGCACAAGCCAGACCAUGCUACUUGCUAACUUGGAGUCAAUCAAAAUGACUCUUGAGCGCACUGAGUCUGAAGGAAGACUUAAGGUAGAACAAAAAUUAGAGGAUUGUAAUCGCGAAUGUACAGCUUUACGUCGUCGUUUACAAGAAGAACAAGAAAAUUUCAAGGAACUGUCAAGACAUUUAGAAAGACAAACUGCUGCAGCAGUGGCUCGUGAGGAAGAAGAGAGGAAAUUGGCUCAAGAAGCUCGUCAAGAACUGAAUAUUGUACGUGAAGAACUCAAAAAGAGACAGUCAAGUGCUGAAAUCUUGGAAACUAAAUUACGUGAAGCCUCUAGGACACCACCAGUUGUUGUUCAAAGGAAUGAUGAACAGCUCAGUAGUCGGGUCCGUGAACUUGAAAGCAAACUCAUGGCCAGUGAAGGAGAAGCCAGGUCUCUCAAACAACAACUUGAGGACUCACGCAAACACUUGCAACAGUACACUGAAAUUGCUGGCAGUUCAGAACAGCAACUCAGAGAGUUUGUCAAGAUGCAUGAAGGAGUCAAGUCUGAAUUUGAGAAAAAGUUGGCUGAUGCACAGCAACUGCAAGAAAGCUCAAAUUCUGAACUGGCCCGUCUUCAGUCUGAACUGUCUCGAUUGAAAUCGGUAGGAAAUCAAACUUCAUCUGAUCUUCAACUUAAAGUCCAAGAACUUGAAGUGCAGUGUAAAGAAGCUAACAAUCUCCUUCACCAAGCUUCAGAAUCAGGUGACGCUGUCAGAGCAGAACUGGAUGCUGUUAGAUUGGAGCUUGAAUCAGCAGUCAAAGCGCAACAGGAAUCUGAGGAAAAGUAUGCACGAGAAGUCACACUGCAUUCCAAUGACAUUCAGAUAAUGUCCCGCCUCAAGGAAGAGCUUUCAUCUGAAAAAGCUCAAAAUUCAGAACUUCGAGAGGGUCGGCGUAGUGCUGAAGAAGCUCUAAGGUUAGGUCGUUCUAUGUAUGAAGACCGUGAGAAAAUGAUGAAGUCUCAGAUGAAAGAACAACAAGAUCGUCUUUGUGAGCUUGAGAAGCAAAAUACACUUCUGCAUGAGCAAAUUGAAGCACUUGGCACUCAGCUUAUUGUGUUGCAGGCUCAAGUGGGAUCUCCUAGUAAGAGCUCUGGGACUUCUUUGUCAGGUACUGGAACACCCAACACCUCUUUCUCAGAAGGGGAAGAUUUCCAUGGUCCAGAGCAGCUGUUGCAAGUUGUGAAGUUCCUCCGUCGAGAGAAAGAAUUGGCUGUCACUCGCAUGGAAGUUAUUAGUACAGAGAACAGUCGUUUGAAGGCAGAACAUGAUAUUUUGGAGAAACAAGCACGCGAAGCUCGUGAGGAACUGGAGCAGAUGAAACAGCGAGAACAAUGUGAAACAGUUACUUCUAACCGUCAUCAAGAACUCCUGCGCAAGGUGGAAACUCUAAAUGCAAUUACUGACAGCAAUCGGGUUUUGAGAGAGGAAAGAGAUGCCUUAAGAGAGAAGGAACAGGAAUUCGUGACCAGGAUAAGAAGCUUAGAGCAAGAGUUGGACCCUUUGAAAGAUAGGCAUAGCCAACUCAGCAUUCAAAUUGAAACUCUGCGUGCUGAAAAUACCACUCUGAAGACUGAAUUAACAAAGUGGAGGCAGAGGACUAAUCAGUUGAUAGAACGUGCCAACAAAAAUAGCCCUGAGGAUUGGAAACGUCUUCAGAAUGAACGUGAAUCUCUUGCCAAACAACUUUCUGUGGAAAAGGAUGCUCAUAUCAAGACUCAAGAAGAGCUGAAACUGCUGAGAUUAGAAAAGUCAAAGCUUGAUGAACAGUUACAACUUUUGACACAAAGGCACAAUGCUCUUGAGGCAGAAUUUAAGAGGAAUUCAGAGAGCUCUAGGAAGACACUUGAAGAAUUGAAUAGUGUGCGUGCCCGUAUCGGCUCAUUGGAAGCAGAAUUGCAAGAACACAAAACCAAUCUAACCAAAGCCACUGAAGAAACUAGUAAAUUGAAUGCUGAUAUUGCUGCUCGAGAAACAAGAGAGCAGCAAAUUAGGAAGAUUGCUAAAAAAUACAAGGCUCAAUUUGAAGAAUUGAAGAAGAGCACUGAUGAAGAGAGAGUUCAGUGGGAAGCCCAACGUACUCAACAUGAAAAUCAGGCAGCAGCUGGAAUGCUGACUGAUGAAAUAAAAGAACAACUUCGUGAGGAAGGCAGGCGUGAAGCUGAGCAGAAGUUACGUGAUGUAGAAACUUCUCACACUGAACGGGUUCGCGAGCUUUCAGGGCAGGUGACUUCAUCUCAGACUGAGGCUGGUACCCUACGUCGUGAGGUUGAGCAAUUUAGAACUGCUGAAGAAAGAGCCAAGACUGUUUUGAAAAAUGCUCGCAAUCGAAUUGUUAUGCUUUCAGAGGCCAAAACAAACUUAGAAAAACAAUUGACAUCAGGAAGAGAUGAGAGUGAAGCUAGAUUAACUGUGUUGAAGUCCCAGUAUGAAGGCCGCAUUUCUCGACUAGAAAAAGAAAAGGCUGAUGCCCUUGCAGAACGUAGCAGAGAGAUUGAAAAUCUUAAUGCAAGGCUGAAUCAUCUGCAACGUAUGCUAGACAGUCGCGCUCAAGGGUCCAGUAAACCCUCUACAUCAUCUGGCCAUAUUGACAAGGGAGCUUCAGAUCCUCCCACAGCUAACAUUAAGCCAAUGGCUGGACCUUCUUCCUCUAGUGGAAAGCAGCAGACACAACAAUCAGUGACUGUACCACCUUGGCGAGCAGGAAAUGAGACUCCUCUAGCAAGUAUAAGACCUAUGUCUCAGUCCCGAAUGGCUGCAGUUCAACCUUGCACUUUACAGCCCAGUGGCACCUCUGCAGUGUUGAUGAUGCCUCUUCACCAUCAACAAGCUCCAUCCCAACAGCAGCCCCAGACAGCUCAGCAGCAACAACCUACUCAGCCUCAGUCACAAACUCAGCAACAGUCACAGCAGCAAGCAGUUCACACGACUGGAAACAGCAGUGGCACGGGAUCUAGCAGUAGCAGUACUCCUAGCACCUCAAAUGGGGCAAGCGGCAGUGGAAUGGAUGCAAUAACUUCAUCAGAUUACAUGCCUGCGACUUCAUCAGCCUCUCCAGCCUCAGUUGGACCGAUUCGACAAGUUGCUGUCCCUCCAACCCAACAAGCUACUGUUGGCCCCUCUACUAGCAGGACAGAAGAAGCUUCAGCAGAGUCAACACAGGAUAUGGAAGUGGAAGUUGCUGAAAGACAACCUGGUACAUCAGUUCAGCAAGCCCAGCAGCACCAAUCUUCACUUCAGCAAACUCAGCAACAAUCCCAGCAACAACCUCAGCAGCAAGUCCAGCAGUCUCAACAGCCACCCCAGCAGACGCAACAACAGACUCCUCAGCAGCCCAGAGAGCCUCAGGCACAGAUGGCCCAGCUGUCACAGUUAGCACAGCCGCAUCAGGUUCUUCCACCUCAGUCACAGCCGCAUCCCCACCUGGCUCAACAGCAGCCAGCUCCACCCCAGCAAGUUGUGGGCCAGGCACAGCCGCAGGCUGCUCAGCAGGUGUUGGGCCAGGCGCAGGCUUCUCAGCCUCAACAGCAGCAGCCUCAACAGCAGCAGCCGCAACAGCAACAACAGCAACAGCAACAGCCGCAGCAGGCUGUGGCUAUGGUACUUCCCCGUGAACGGGUAGAACAGCAACAGCAAGCCCAGCAGCAGCCCCAACAGCCGCAAAUUCACCCGCCGACUCAGCAGCAAGCUCAACCGCCGCAGCAAGCUCAGCCGCCUCAGCAGCAGGUCCCUCCCGCGUCGGGCGCUGGGCCGUCUCAGCAGCCGCAGGCUGGGGCACUCGCUGCUCCGGGGGCACAGCACGAGCAGUCCGUGAUAGUGGCUAGCAGCCAGCAGGCUAGCAGCUCCAACACGGUCACCACAUCUCAGUCGGGGAUCAAGCGACCUCGCGACCGCGAGGCUGACGACAGUUCCACGAGCCGGGCUGGGCACGCCGAAGGGAUGAAGUCGGCUCCUCAGCUCAAGCGCUCUCGCCUCGGGCCCGUGGGUGGGGACUCUUUCCAAGCUCCCGCCGAGAGCUCGGAAUGUGGCAGCCUCGACGUGGAGUACCAAGUCCCCACGUCUUCCCAGCGCGACCAGGAGGACGACAUCAUCGUGGUGACUUCGGAGGAAGAGGACGAUGAGGACGAGGGUCCUGAAGACGACGAUGAUGAGGAACCCGACGAUGGCCCAGAGUUCCAGCCCGACGAGGACGACGAAAACGAGGAAGGUUAUGAGAUUGAGAGCUACGACCCCGACCCCGAGCGCGAUUUGGUCAUGGCCAACUACGACGAUGUCGAGGGUCCUGACAUAGAUGACGACAAUGGCGGGGAACAGGACAACGAAGUGGUGUUCAUCGAGGACAGCAAUGAGGUCCCAAACCAGCCCGGCAGCAGCAGCAGUAGCAGCGGUGGCCCUGCCGACGCAACGCAACAUGUUGGCUCCUCCGCCUCAGGAGAGCAAAUGCAGGCCGUUACGGCCACCCACGUAUCCCCCCUGCAGCAACAGCAAGCUCAGCCACAGCAGCCUCAACAGCCCCAGCAGCAGCCGUUGCAGCAGGAUCAGCAGCAGUCCUCGUCUGAAGCCACCUCGAGUGGUGCGACCAAUCAAAGUGACAAUGGAAACAGCAGCAGCAGCAACAGCAGCCAUGGGGGUCCUAGUGGGAGCGGGAGCGGCAACAACCAUGUGUCUAGCCAAGGCACUCCAGUGUCUUUGGGGUUUGGCGCCAGAAGUAGGACAGUUCCUCCUCUGAACAGGCAACAGCUAGUAUUGGGCUAUGAGGAUGGUGGUGAUGACUGCAUAGUCCCCAGCACACCCACUUUGUUUGUCCCUGGGCGGAGAGAUGGUUUUGGUGAGGCAGUCAGCUCUCCUCAGGUUCCUUCUGCUGGUCGAUUCACUUUUUCUGAUGCCAAUCCCCCAGCCGUAAGAGCUGUGCCAUGCACCCCAACCCUCUUUGGCACAAGACGUGCUGAGGGUUAUUCUGACGCAUACCGAGCAAUGUCUGUCCGCCACUUCACGUUCUCGGAAGCCCCCACUCCCCCGAGUCAUACAGGUGUUGCUCAAGUUGUUUGUGAAGGAAUGGAUGAUACUAGAGUUGACCUAUCCCAACUAGAGGAUCCUAGCACAGGGCGAAGUGUUCCUACAACCCCUCUUCAAGUUUCUCCUCAAGGAGAUCUAGCAGCCAGUGAGUUGGCUAAUGAGGUGGGACAAAGCUCAGGUGAUAAUGUGGAAGCAAGUGGAAGUUUAGCAGGACCCAGCUCUGCACCUUCCAUCUCUGUUUCUUUGGCUGAACACCAGCAAGUGGAAGGAGAGGCUCCAAGCCAGCGAGAAUUGCUUGAUCUUGAACUAGAAACUGAUCAAAGAGAAGCAGAGGGUGAUGGUGGUGAAUUAAUGGGAGGGCAGGCUGAUGAGCCUGAAGAAGUCAUGGUACUAGACCUUGAAGAAGAAAGUACAGAUGGUGUGAGUUCAGAAGGCUCGAAACCACCUCAGCCCUCUCAGUCUCAGCAGGCUCUGGACCUAGAGAUGGAAGAAGGACGGGAAGCGGAGGCAAGUGAGCCUGCAGCCAGCAGUCCCCAAGGAAGUCCCCACGGCUCUCAGGGAAGCCCGCACGGCAGAGGAUCGGGCACUGCCAGAAGAUCCCACAGCAGACCGGGGUCCUUUAGGAGGGGCCGAGGCAACCAAAGGCCCACCCCUAUUGUUUGGAGUGAGCCUGGCUCUACAUCCCCUCGUUCAAUGGGUGAUGGACCACCUCGUGGGAGAGGUAUGCCUAUGAUGCCAUUAGGGCCAAUGGGACCAAUGGGCAGAGGGAUGAUGAUGGAUCCUCGGGGUUUCCCUCCCAGAGGACAGAGGGCAAGAAGGAUAAGGAAAGGUUAUGGAAACCCAUUUGGUAACAUGCCUUACUGAUAGCUGUUUCUGUUAAUUGACAAUUAUUGAAUUCAUUUUUGACCCAUUUUGACAUUAGUUCCUGUUCAAUUUUGAUAAGUGCAUCCAGGACUUGCAUCAUUAUGUUAAGUGCACUGUUGGGUUAAACUCUUAGGAGUUCCAUUUAAGACUGUAAAUAUUUUCCCGAUGAAUUGUUAUUGUGUUAAUGUCUCAUUUGAUAGUACUGAUACUCAUACUUCUUUUAUUGCUUAUGUUCAGUUGACCUGAAAUCCAUGUAGAUAAAAUCUGUGAUCAUCAGUACAUCCUGUAGAUUAUUUUUUUAUCAGUGAAGAACAUUGUUUGUACAUAAUGUUAAGUGCUACCUAAAUAAAUUGAGGUUGCAUAA